AUGGGUACAACUCAGACUCUGUUACGCGAUCAUAUUGGGAAUAGUAGGGUGGGAUCAUUCUCCAGUGCGAAAGUCGAUGGUACCGGAAGUGGAAGCAGAGGAUCUCUUGAUUCGAGGGAAGUGAGUGUCCUGAGUACCAAAAUCAUUUGGAAAGGUGUAUUUCAUCGAGGUCGGUUAGAUAUACGAUAUCGAGGUUAUUUGGUCUUCUUUGUUCCUAGUGUUUUCGUCAUUAAAUUGUUGUAUCGAUGUCGUAAUUGGAAGUACUACUACCCAAAGAAGCAGAAAGAAUCCUCAGUUUUGUCACAAUUGAAGAAAAUCGGCGACGCUCUGUUUUUAUUAUUCCGUCUAUGGAGGGUUGAAUGUAAUAUGCUGUCUGGAGUAUUGGGUAUUUUGCCCACAUCAAUGUGCAUAAAAGGGAGUGCUGUGGUCUAUAAUCGGCAGUGA